GUAGAAGUAAAGAAAAAACAUUUUUUAAUUACAGAUACGCCUAAAUCCGCAAGAACUUGGAACAUCAUUCUUCCAAAAACCAGCCCAAAGCACCAGACCCAAAACCCGGAUAGUAAACCCAAAGUCCCAGACUCAAAAACAAUCCCAAACUCUAUAACCCAACCUAGAGUCUACCCAAAACCCAGGCCCAAAAACCAGUCCCAAACACAAACGCCAAAACCUAACCCAGAUUCUACAUAAGGGUAUGAACACACAGUCUUUGAACUCCAUUUAUGGGUUAAAAAUCUAAAAUCAUAAAUCAUUUUUUGUUCUGAACUAUGUUUAACUUUCUCAAUUUCCAAUUUAUUUUAUCAUAUUAGGUUGUGGUGUAAUACCUAGGUUCACAAUAUGUGUCUUCCUUCAACGAUCUUUUAGUUUUAAUUUUUGUGACCCGACACGAAAACAAACCCAAAGUCUAAACCCAAAACUCAAAACCCAACCAACGAGCCCCAAAAACCAGCACCAAAACCCAGCCCUAAAUUAUUAAUUUUAGUGACCCGACAACCCAGAUACAAAACCCCAUCGCAAAGAUAGACCCAAACUCUUAAUCCUAAAGUCAAAUGACAACAAAAAGGAAUGGACAUGUAAGGUGGAAUGAUCAGUGGAAUAAAUGACAACAAAAAGGAUAGGACAUGUAAGGUUAGAGUUGUGGAGAAACGGAACAUCAAAGACUCAAGGACGAGCCCUAACAAGUACAGACCUUUUAUAUUGCAGGAUGAGGAGGUAAGCUUAUAAAGCUUAUAAAAUAAUCAAUCUUAGAGCGUACAUAUUACAUGCACUAAUUAUGUUCCAUUCAACCAUUUCUGUACAGGGUACCAAGGUUCUUGCUCUUGCAAAUAGUGGUGACAUUGAACAAAUUGAUAAGAUACUCGGCCUCAAAAACACGUACUACAUAAGCAAUGCUGCUGCCAUGCCUAACCAAGUAUAGUGGUGAUCCCCCAUCCGCAAACUAUAAUUACAUUUAGAUGUUGAGUAAAAAGACUUGGAUUGAGGCAGCCCCAAAAUCAGAACAAAUUCAGGCAACAAAUGAGACAGACACUAUCCUCACACAAUUCUUUGACUUCUAUGACUUAUGCGGUUCUAAAACCCCAAUCAAUUUCAUGGCCAUUGUGAUUCAGAGAAUGCCCAGAGAGUAUGUCUCCGUUCCUGGACAUGCCAAAACCGCACAUGAUUUCAUGCUUGUGAAUGAAGAGGUUCAUGCCGAGUCUUGUUUAAUGGCUGGAGCUUGGCGGUGCUUUCAACAAAAUGGAAAUUUCAACGCCUCCACCGAUCAACAAAAUGGAAAUUUCACCUUGUACCGGUAUUGGUUUUUCCUCUUUUUGUCGGAUAUCUCCCAAAAAAAAAGGCUUAAUAUGAACUGCUGCACUCUAAUCAAAACCACACUAUUACAAAUAGGUGCUUAAGGCCAUGUGACAUUCAAAUUCCACUAACCCGGCUAUAUUUACCAUGUCAAAUGCCACAGACAAUGGUUGGUCUUCAUUCUUAAAGCCUGUUAAUGUCAUAUUCAUUGCUUUUGUACUUAUUCACAAUUUUUAAACAUGGGAAUAGCUUAAUGCACCCUUGCAAUUGGUUGUAGGGUUAGGUUCUCGGUAGGGAUUUUGUUUCUUACUUUGGGGAUUGGACCUGAUUUUGGGUUUGGUUUUGGGUUAGGUUCUAGGUUGACCUUUAACUUUAGUGUUUGACAAUCAAAUUUGCAUUAGGUUUGCGGGUACAAUCCGUUGGAUUUUAAUUUUUAGGUCAGACUCUAGGUCGUGUUUUGAGUUAAGGCAAUUGCGUUUUACUGUCUUGUUUUUUGUUGUGGCUCUAAAUACUAUCAAAAUGUUGUGGUUCUAAAUACUAUCAACCUCAGAUUUCCAGAUUCUAGGCGUUGCGUAUCAAAUGUGCAGAUUUCCCGGUAUGAUUGAAACAUCUUCUCUGAUUCCUCGUCUUGCAUUUAUGGAUCCUUUUCUUAAUAAUCCCCUGCCAAUUAUUUCAGCAUGUACGUUGGGCUAUUUAUAUUCGAUUUUGGGAGAUGGGAUGAGACACCAUCUCCAAGAUUCCUCCUAGGCAUAAUCUUAUGAGUUCUUUGGCAUGUUCUUCUCUUUGUUGUUUGUUUCUAUUACUGAAAGAAGGGUCAUUUUUCACCUACAGGUAGAGGGCUGAACCUGCAACAGUUUGGAAAAUUAUUCUUCAGAUAAUUUAAAUUCCAUGUAUUCAAGAGUGUGAUGGAUCCAAAAGUUUUCACCCCAAGUCCAUGCCCCUUAUCCUGCCCCGUACUUCCACCCCUCCCAACAAUGUUUCCAUAAAACUCAGCCGCAGGCACUGUCACUCAAUAUCCUCCUAGCCAGCAACCUACUUUAACUAAUGGAGAAAGUAAAAUCAUGAUCCAAACCCAGCUCUGAUGUACCAAAGCCUAAAAUGCGGAUCUAAACCCAAAACCCACUCCCAAAAAAACAAAAACUCUAACCCAAACCUAGAACCUAACCCCGAGUAACCAAAGCGAGACUCAAGACUUAAA